AACCUUAUUUUAAUCUCCCACCUGAUUUGAGCUGUUUUUCUUUUUCGAACUCUCCGUCACUUUCAAUUUCCUCCUCUGAAUCUUCUGAAAGAUACAGAUCUCUGGAUUCGAAAAAGCUUGAGCUGCGUUAAUGGCGGAGGAGAAAUGGGUGGUGAUGGUGACGGCACAGACGCCGACGAAUAUCGCCGUGAUUAAGUAUUGGGGAAAGAGAGAUGAGGUUCGGAUUCUCCCCAUUAACGGUAGUAUUAGCGUCACGCUUGAUCCUGAUCACCUCUGUACUCUCACCACCGUCUCUGUUAGUCCUUCCUUUGAUCGAGAUCGAAUGUGGCUCAAUGGCAAGGAAAUCUCGCUUUCUGGAAGUAGGUACCAGAAUUGCUUGAGGGAAAUUCGAAGUCGUGCUGAUGAUGUUGAAGAUAAAGAAAAGGGUAUCAAGAUUGCUAAGAAGGAUUGGGAGAAAUUGCAUCUGCACAUUGCUUCUCAUAAUAAUUUCCCUACUGCUGCUGGCUUAGCAUCUUCAGCUGCUGGUUUUGCUUGCUUAGUUUUUGCUCUUGCCAAGUUGAUGAAUGUAAAUGAAGAUCCAAGCCAACUUUCUGCUAUAGCAAGGCAAGGUUCAGGAAGUGCUUGCCGUAGUUUAUUUGGGGGAUUUGUCAAGUGGAACAUGGGAAAUAAAGAAGAUGGAAGUGACAGUGUUGCUGUUCAACUGGUAGAUGAUAAGCAUUGGGAUGAUCUUGUUAUCAUUAUUGCUGUGGUUAGUUCACGAGAGAAGGAAACUAGCAGCACCUCGGGAAUGCGUGAGAGUGUUGAGACAAGUUUGCUUUUACAGCAUAGAGCAAAGGAAGUUGUCCCAGUACGAAUACUGCAAAUGGAAGAAGCUAUAAAGAAUCGAGAUUUCACAUCUUUUACAAAAUUGACGUGUUCAGACAGUAAUCAAUUUCAUGCUGUUUGUAUGGAUACAUCUCCACCAAUAUUCUACAUGAAUGACACCUCCCACAGUAUAAUCAGCUUAGUUGAAAAGUGGAACCGUUCUGCCGGUACACCAGAGAUUGCUUAUACAUUUGAUGCUGGCCCAAAUGCAGUCCUGAUUGCAAAAAACAGGAAAGUAGCAGUUGAAUUGAUGCAGGGACUGCUCUACUGCUUCCCUCCUAAGCCUGACACAGACAUGAAGAGUUAUGUACUGGGCGAUACAUCGAUUGUAAAAGAGGCAGGCUUGGAAGGAGAGCUCCCACAAGGAAUUAAAGACAAGAUUGGAAGUCAGGAUCAAAAAGGUGAAGUGAGUUAUUUUAUAUGCAGCAGACCUGGAAGAGGUCCUGUGGUGCUUCAAGACCAAACUCAAGCCCUUCUCCAUCCUCAAACUGGCCUCCCCAAAUAACCAUUUAUAUGUCUUGUUACUACUGCAACUCUGAGAUUUGCAACAGCUUGUCUUUUGCUUUGCCACCUCCUACUCUUGUCCUAAGAGAGCACUCAUCUGAAUCUUUUCCUAAUUAUUUGUGUUUACAUACAAUUUCUUCUGCAUCGGGUGCUUCUAAAUGCCAUACGUAGAUGCAAAACUCAAUAUUGCAAACGAAUUAAGAUCUUGAUGCUAA